AUGAGAUGGAAAUUACUGUGGGAGUGUCAUGAGGACCGCAUCACAUAUGGAGGGAGAAGACUCGGAAGGAUAAUUGGAACCCUGACUGUCUGGGCUGUAAAACUGAUCAAGGUCAGAACAUUAUCUUCUGCGGAACGAUUGGAUGUGAUUAUAAGGGCCCGUGUCAUGUCUAGGAUACAGAAAGAGGGAAGGAAGCACAGGAGUCUGCAGACCUACGGAGCAAAGAAAUACAAAACUAAAGAUUGGGAGAUAAAUAGGAGUGAGGGGAGGAAAGGCGGCAAAGAUGCUUGGAGAUAUGUCAAGCAUGUUGCUAAACCUAUUUUGUGGCCAGAGUGUAGAAAACUCACCGAGAUAGAUCUCAAUACUGUCUUGGAGGAUAAUGCACCGGCAUAUAAGGUAGGUGAUACCAAUGGGGAGAGGGAAAAAGAAGGUAUAAAGAAGGCCAAUUGGCCCUCUAGAUCUCCGGAUUUUAACCCUAUUGAACAUAUAUGGAAUUGGAUGAGAAGGGAAAUAGAUAAAAGAAAUGAUGUUGCUACUGUGAAUGGAAUGAACAAGGCAUUAAGAGAGAUGUGGGAGGAGUUGAGCAUCGAUAGGAUCAAUGAUGAAGUGAAAUCGCUACCUCAUAUCACGGCUGAAUGUGUUCUUAAAGGCGGAGGAACCAACUUUCCUGAGAUAUCUGUAUUCUACUCAUCUCUACGGCCAUUCUGA